AAAACAGUUGGUUUGCAUGAUUCCUUCUGCAGCAGCAAAACUUGAGAGGAGAUCGAGGAAAGAAAUUAAAGCCCGAUUUUGGAUGGGCGGAAGAGCUGCAGAGAAGAGAAAUGACAUGGUCUAUUAGUGAUGAAGAAAACAACAUAGCCACUUCAACAACUCAUCAAUUUCGGACACUAAUCUGCCCUUCAUGCGCCCAUACCAUUAAGCUACAAGACUAUAAGAGUAUUGGGAUUCAAGACUUGCCUGGGCUGCCAGCUGGGGUGAAGUUUGACCCAUCUGAUCAAGAAAUUCUACAACAUUUGGAGGGAAAAGUGAUGUAUGAUACGAGGAAGAUGCACCCAUUCAUCGAUGAAUUUAUUCCAUCUAUCCUUGGCGAAAAUGGGAUUUGUUAUACUCAUCCAGAGAAGCUACCAGGAGUAACCAAAGACGGCCAAGUCCGCCACUUCUUCCACCGCCCCUCAAAGGCGUACACAACGGGGACCCGGAAGCGGCGGAAGGUGCACAACGCCGACCCCGACUCAUCCUUCGGCGGCGGCGAAACAAGGUGGCACAAGACCGGAAAAACCCGGGCCAUCUCCCCCGCCGGAAACAUCAAAGGCUACAAGAAGAUCCUGGUUCUGUACACAAACUACGGGCGGCAGUUGAAGCCGGAGAAGACGAAUUGGGUGAUGCAUCAGUACCACUUCGGUGAGAGCGAGGAGGAGAGAGAUGGUGAGUUCGUCCUCUCUAAGGUAUUUUAUCAAACACAGCCGAGGCAAUGCGGCUCCUCCGCCAAGGAAGACGCCGUCAAAUCGGCCUCCGAUUAUUACAUUUCAUACCAAAAUGUUAACAGAGGCGGCUCAACUCCGGUGAUUCCGACUUUGGUUAUGAAUGGUGAGAGAUCGACGUCGUUGAUUCGGUUGCCUUCGGGUGGAAGCAAAGGGGAUUGA